CCAUUGGACAUUAUCGAGGCAGUGCGGCGAUUGGUGUUCGGUGGAUUGACUCCCCCCAUCCCGUGGCUGCCUCUCAACUUUCCCCCGUCAUUCACAGUUCAUCAGUCGAACGAGAUGGUGAUUCCAGCGCUUCUACCGUUCUCCUAACACACGUGGUUGUAGAGCCUUAACGAUUCUUUUUUAAACAUUGAAAUUAUACGUUCUGAAAAUUUAUAGUUUUGAAAUAUUUACUUGCAAACGAUUUUACAUUUUCAGACGUUUUUGACAGCUGUCAUCGUUUUAUCAGUAUUCUUUAAAAACAAAAGUUGGCAAUAUAUAAGUUGACGGUGGUUCUAUGAAUAUCAUGAUUAUAAAAUCUAAAUAGGAAGUUGGUUUCUUGAAAAAGUACUCAUAUGGUUUACGUUGUAAAUUGUAGCAUAAUGUGGAUCAAAUAUGAACUGUUUAUGUAUGGGAGAAAUAUUUAUGUUCACGAAAACUAGUUUUGUCUCAAUACAAAAAAGACAUAAGCAUGCCUAGACAAUUUAUGAUUAAGAAAUCUAGUCCUGAUAAAGACAAAAUGCAUCCAGAGAAACCAUUUGUUGAAGAAAAAAAAGAGGAUUUCACUCAUACAGAGUCUACAAGACCAUAUGAUUUGAGUGUUAAAACAAAAUUUGCAGAAAUCGAAAGAAGUCCUUCACCAGAAACGCCUCCUUAUCCUGGUGUGAUUGAAUUCUCCCCAAAAAUUGUAACAUCUAAUAUGACUCCGUCAAUUGGAAUUGCGAUGAUAGAAAGAUCUUCACCCAAUCAUCCUCUAAAACCAUCUCUGGAAGCAUUAAAUUUUCGUUCCUCAUCGGACAUUGGUGUAACUGCUCAAUCUUGGCAAAGAUCACUGUAUCCACCAACUUUUAUGGCUUAUCCUAUUCCAUUCAUGCCUCGACCAGCAACAGAUUUCGUUAGUCCACCAUCAGUGCCACCUUGGAGAAGUGGUCUUCUUGGUGGAGGAGCAGCUCCUUCCCUCGUAUCAGCACCACGAAUCCAAAUGACAGAAGGUUUUUAUGAAAAAUCCCAUAUGGAUUCUCCAUCUUAUAAUACUAAUAUAUGGCCUCAAAACGAAGAAUCUGUAUCUAUACCAGAGAGUGGAGAAUUAAGUAAGGAAUUAGCUGGUAAUAAAUAUAGUUCAACGGGAGCUGCCCGUUAUUUCUGUUCCGCAUGUAGUAAAAACUAUGCUACCUAUAGCGGUUUAUCCAGGCAUAAACAGUUUCAUUGCAUUACAUUAGAAAAAAAAGCAUUUAAUUGCAAAUAUUGCGAUAAAAUUUAUGUCUCUUUAGGAGCAUUGAAAAUGCAUAUACGCACUCAUACCUUACCGUGUAAGUGUAAUUUGUGUGGAAAAGCAUUUUCAAGACCAUGGCUACUUCAGGGUCAUAUAAGAACUCAUACAGGAGAAAAACCUUUUGCAUGUCCUCAUUGUAGUCGAGCAUUUGCUGAUCGCUCCAACCUACGCGCCCAUCUACAAACUCAUUCUGAUGUGAAAAAAUAUAGUUGCAAUGCCUGUAGUAAGACUUUUUCAAGGAUGUCUCUCUUAUUAAAGCAUAAUGAUGGAGGAUGUGGAGCGCAACAGAGAUCUAAUCUCCCAUUUGUAACUAUAGGAUCAAUAGUUCUCACUUGAUUCUGUCAUAUCUCUCUGGCUCAAAAUUUUAUAAAAAGUGGUGGCAAGACAAAUUAUUUUCACUUCUUUCACAGAUAAUAGAGCCGGUUUUAAGUGCUUCUUAAAACAUUCUAUAAAUAUUAGGAAAAUAAUCCCAUAUGAUCAUAAAUAUCAAAUGACAAUCGAAAUUUUUAAAAUUUAAACUUGGAAUAAAUGAUUUAAAUAUAAAAAUUUUGCCUAAGGGUGAUCGUAAGUAUACAUGCUAAUAGUAAAAUAAUUUUGCUGCCACUUUUUGUAUUUUGUGCAGAAUCAAUGUGAGUCAAGAUGUGUGAAACAUGUUAAUGACAUAAAUAACUGUCGCUGGCACGACAAUACCCCGCUCAAUUGUCCGCAUGAAAAGUGGACACCUUGAGAAGAGUGCAUCACAAAGUAAGUUCACUUAACACUAGACUGAAACUUAGUAUAUACCUAAAUUGCCCAAAAGCAGUCAAAAUUACUGGAUUGGAUUGUAAAAGAAUAACUAAUGUAUAAGGAAAUUUGUUUAAAAUUAAUUUUUAAUAUUUUUUUUUAUAUUAUUUACAGUUCUAUAACAAGUUAUUAGUAAAUAUUAACAAUAAAAAAAUUAUAUGUUCGACAAAAAGUCACAAAAUUCCAAGAAAUUGUGCCAUUAUAUACAUCAUUGUUUUUCUAAUUGAAAUGAAAAAGCAGUCAAAAUGACUUCCUUGGGCAAUCUAGUGUUAAGAGCAUUUCUUCCUCUUCAGAAGAUUUCGUUAAAAUGACAGCUCGAGUGCUUAAAAAUUACGAUUUAAUUUGAAGACAGUUCUGUAUACUACAAUAAUAUUUACAUAUGGAACUGAGAUUCAUGGCUUUUUAAAAGCUAAAUUGGUAGGUAACAGAAGGAAAUAUAUACAGAUAAAUAUAUACUUUCCUCAUAUUCAUAUAUUGUUUAUUGCUGGAUAUUAAUGGGUUAAGUCAAAUGUUUAAUGUUUAUGGCGAAACACUGACUACCAUUAAUAUUUGUGAAUAAAUAGAUUCCGAAAAAGUGUACAUCAAUUUAUCAAGAGUUAAAUCAACACCAUUAUCUCCCAUAAAUCUAUUGUUGUUUGUUGAUGUCAUCUGAGCAACAGCUUGUUUGCCUUCAUCGACAAAAAAUAUGACUACUUCGUGGUGUUGUGUUCAUCCUUAUUAGUUUGAAUUUAUUUUAGAUGCUCUUAUGUGAAUUGAUUAAAUAGUCUAAUGCGUCGCACUCUUCUCACAUUCCCUAAAUAGCGGCGCUGAUAUCUGACAUGUCCACAUUUCAUUAGGGCAGCUCUUAUAACUAAAAAAGAUUGUAUUUCCAAAGAGUAUAUAAAAUAUUUUUAUUUUGAAAUUAAGUGUUUGUUCUAGAUGUUUGUCUACAAUUUUUAUUAUUAUUAUAGCUCUUAAUUCUUUUCUUUAAAAUUGAGAUACUUCUUGAAAAGCUGUAUCAAAUUGACAAUUUAUAUAUGCUUAAGAACUGUUUUAACUAUUUCAAGAAAAUAAUUUUGUGCUUCCUUUUAGUGUGCCAAAUUUGAUGACAUUUUGUGAUAUACUGUUCUCUCAUUAGCUUGUUAAAAAUAUUUUCGAUAUUAAAUCAAAAAUACCAUUAUAAAUCAACGAAAGAUUUCUAUAAGGUUUUCGAAAUGAAAAACACGUCUUUCAUUAUUGAAGUAUCUUGUUUUCUAUUACAUAAUGUUUCCAUGAACUUUUUUCCAAUAAAUCCUCAUUCUUAAAUUUUGACAAUUGUGAGUGUUGUAAUAUGUUAAUAAUAAAAGAGAUACAUUUUGUUAAGUUGUUAUGACACUUUAUUAUACUAAAAAGUUAGACAACACUACAAAAUAUUCAAUUGGUCAAAGCAUAAAUACUUGAUCACUUUCAUCUUCUUCUAUACUUUGAUAUUUCUUAUGUUUCUUUAAAAUGCUGCAUUUUCGCAGCUGUAGUCACAACGUCUUAUUAAAACCAAAAAAAAAAAAAAANAAAAAAAAAAAAAAAAAAAAAAAGUGGUGGCAGAAUUCAGACAUAAAUUUUUGACUGAAACAAUAUAUUUAGAUUACUAUCUUUAGUAAUGAUAUUUAGUUCCUAAACAGGUUAUUGACUACAUAAAGUGGCAUUAAAUUAUUUUUAAAAACUUUAAAGAUAAAUUAUCUUUUUAAUGGAAUACCACGUCCCUCGGAAUGAAUUCAGUUAUUGCUACCAAUAUUUUGAAAUAAGUUCCUAACAGGAAACAAGGUUCAUAAAUAAUCUGAAAAUAAAC